AUGACAAGCAAACUCAAAAGCAAAAACAAGCUACUAUCCUCGCAUAAGAAAUCACUGCUAACUAAAUCAUCCACCAAAGAUGAGUUGUUGGCAUUGAAAUACCUGAUGGACCGACCAAGCCUACCUAUAUAUGCACUUGAGGAUACAUCCAAAAUUGACGUUUUGGGCUCAAAAGGUGUCGAAGAAGAAGUGAAGGACUCUCUUGAAUAUACAUAUCCAGAUUUUAUACCAUGGAAGGAUCAUACACAGACUUCAAAGGGCAAACAGGAACCAGAUCAUCAACAACCAGAUGAACAUACCUACUUGAGUAAAGGCUACUUCGAGGCUCCCCAUGUCGGCAAUGAAUACUACUCUGGUAGAAAUUUGGUCCUGGCUACUUUAUUCCAGUCUAACGAAAAUUGCUUGACCGUUGUUAACGAACUCUCUCGGUUUCUCACUAACGCCUACAAGUCCAGAAAUGAAAAUAUUAACAAAAUACGAUAUAAUGCUGGUCAUUUUAAAAUACCUCAAAAGGUUACGCUUACUGCUUCAAAACGAGACAACUGGCUUAAUGAAUUAAGCAAUCCAAACGUACCAUUGAAAAAAAUUGGGGAGAAAAUUCCACAUGGAAUUAGAAGUAGAGUUCUCAUUGAUUUGCUUUGCACAAGAUCUACACCCAUAAACAGAGCUUUGUGGUUUACAAAAUGCGUUUUGUUUAGCGAACUUUUGGCAUUGAGGCGAAAGUACCAAUCGAGGAUUUCUGCUGAGCUCAAUCUGCCUGAAAAGUUUGAAUUGCAUUGGUUACAAGAAUGGACUCAACAAGUAGCUGGGUACGUGGUUAAAGUUGCACAAGAUAUGAUGCAUGUCUCUGAAAUUCUGACGAAAGAGUAUUACAUGAAAAAAUUGAGUUACCUUCGUGAGUUUAUCCUGUCUUUGUAUGUCGAAACAUUAUUAGACAAACCUUAUUUUCUUUCAUUGUUAUUGAAGCCACUUAGAGAAGGGUUUCCUCUUGAUUCAGAUGCAGUUAGUGACUUGAUAAGGACGAGACAGAUUGACGAUGAAGAGAACUACGAUGUUUCAAUUCAAGACGAACUACAAUUCGAAAUAGACUAUGGGCAGCGAUUUGCAUCGUUGGUUUGGAUUAAAACGUUCUGGAAUGACAUAACUGCCAUAGACUAUUUGGCAAAGGAGUUGAGUGAGCUGUUAUUGCUAAACCAUUUUUACCUAACUAAAUUAUCCCAGUACCCGAAAUGGUUCUUGCCCGAGCACUUGAGAGAAAACUUGACAAAUUCAUUGCGUGAUAUGGUAGUUUACCUUUUCAAACGUAAUACAAACAUUUUUGUCAUACCAAAUAAUUGGGCGUUGACCAAUGAGUCGUUGGCUACUAUUUUAGCACAGGAAAUGCUCAGCUUGCCUCCAGCUGAGCUGAAAAAGUUGGCUGAUCAACUUGAGCUAAUCAACUACCGAAAUGAAAGCUUAAUUAUCAAUUUAAGUAAGUCCAAAACUAUCGUAUUGUCAGGCUCUGACAGACCACAACUGUCUAUUAACUUAGCCAAUGGAAACAUGCAAGUUACAGGUGGUGAUAAUAGGUAUAGAGGGACACUCAGCAAAACUUUUAAAAUCUUGGAGGACUUGGACCAUCUUCGAGUCAAUGAAAAACUUGCUCAACAAUUGCAACCUCGUAUUGGUAUUCAAAGCAAUGAAAAUUGGAAGCAAAAUUUAAAAACAGUCCUUUUCUGGUGCGUCUCUCCUUGGCGAUACAGCGAAUUUCAAAAUGAAAGCAUAUUGAUUGUGUGUAAUUUUUUGAAGAGAUCAUUGUCUGUCCAAGUCGAAAAAUCAGUUAAAGUGGAAUUUGAGAGUGAAAUUUUAGAAUGUAUCUUUACCAUCUUAGAAUCAAAUGCUGGAUUUGUUGAUAGCAAAAAGCUUUAUAUUUUGGUUAAUGAGCUAUACCAGUUGAAGAUGAUUACAAUUGCAUCUUAUAUCAGAAAGUUAAUUGCCUCGGGCGUCUUUUUCACAACGUCUAAUGAGUCUCAGUCUCUAUUGGGUACUAAUAUUAGCACCCAAAAUCAUCUUCAUUGCUUGAUGAACUUGCCGGUGCUAAAUAACAAGCAGUGUGAUAGUAUUUUGCGCAAAUGGACAGCUGAGGGUUUAAACUUCAAAGAAGCUUUUGAACUGAUGAAACAACAAUUGCUGUCAAUGAUUUUAGACAGAGUGUUCAGUAACAAAGACAUAAAUUUGUCUCCUCGGUUUGAGGAACAAUGGAACUCUUUUCGUGUUGGCUUGAAGUUUUUGCUUGUCAAUUGGUUGACAGACGAGUUCAAAGCGAGACUUGUUUCUUCACCGAAGCUUGUUGUAUUCACUCAAGACAUUUUAGCAAAAUUAUACAAGUUUUAUGCCAUUUCCGAUAACCUUCCUGUUUUUUUUAAGAUUGUUGUUCAGGUAAUUCUUAGGAACGAAAGUAGAAUGGCAAUAUUGUAUCUUGAUGGACUUUAUUUCAUUUCAAGGUUAAUAAUGAGACAUUUCAAACUUUUGAAGCAAUUUUCUGACUCAUCUAAUAGAUCUACUGUUGCAAACCUUUUCCGCCUAAUCAUGCAAAACUACAAGGAUUUGAGCCAACGAGAAUUUGUUAUUUACAAUUUUCAACAAGUGUGGAGUUUCAUUGAUGCGGUCACUGAGAAGGAUGUGUCUCCUUCUAGGAAACGAAAGUGGGAUGUCGGUUCGGAUUUUACUUAUUAUGGAAUUCCAUCUAGAAGAAGGGAUAAUUUUGAAACGCCAAUGCAAAUACAAUCCGUUGAUUUGGCAUUCGACCACACACCUAGGUUGGCAGGCAGCUACAGUUUGGAUGAUUUCAGAAAUGAUUUGACGGCGUUGAGAACUACGAAAAUCACACCAUUGAGAGAGUCAGAAGUGAAGGAGUUGAAAAUCAUUGUGGAUAAUACAAGUCACGAAUCGCUCUUGAGUAAAUGGUUUAGCAAAGCAGGUACGAUUUCUGAAUCGUCAGAGAUAGCCAUAGUGAAACUUUGGAAACACUUUACAAUUGAUGUCGCUCAAGAGAGAGUUGAUAAGAUCAUAAAGUCAACUUUGAACGAAAUUCUACACUCCGAAAGUGAGUUAAAGCUUAAGGUUCUCAUGAUCAAAAAGUUGGUUGUAUAUGACAUAGUUGUGCUCAAGGAAGUUCUUUCGCUCUUAGACAAGAUAGAAUACGAGCUGCUUUUACAUCAAAUGCUUUUGGAGCCCAACUUUUCGGAAAACUCCGCUUUGACUGCUUCCCAGUACCAACUUUAUAACACUAGUGUUCACUUAUUCAAGGAGAAGAAUAAGCAGCAAUAUUCACGUUUGGUUUUAAGUGGUUUAGGAACUGGAAAUUUGCAAAAUAAUGAUUACUUCCUUAACCACAAAGAGUGGUUGAAGCGAUUUUUGAGUCAAGGUUUAGUUACCCACGGAGAGCAGAUGUUUAAAGAGGUCUUCGUUGGUAUGAGUCGAGAUAAUUGCUUAGAAUUGUUGAAUUUGUGUUUGCACCGAUCAGAAAAAUCUCACAUCAGAACAUUUCCUAAUUUCGAGGAGAGCAUUGAAGAGAUCAAUGAGUUCAAUUUACCGUUUUAUCAAGUGCUACUCUGUGUUUUGUCAUUGACCUUGGACACAGGAGACAAAGAUGCCACCAAGACUAGUUGGGAAGAAUUGAUCAAGAUCUUUUCGCGCAAGACAAAAUCCACAGGGGAUUUUGAAAGCUUUAUCUUUGGAAGUUUGUUUUAUUGGGUUCCAUGGGAACAUAAAUUGAUAGUGUUGGAGAUUCUUGAGGAGACAAUGUUUUCUCAACAAAAUCUCAACAAUGCGCCAAUGGCCCUAACUUUGGAUGGUAUUGAUAUAUCUAGAGUUAUUGUUGGCUUUAUUGACAUAUUUUUGUCCACCUUAGUCAACACAGUAGCGUCGCCACCCUCAUUUGUCUCCAAGUUUAAAGAAUUGUUAGCAAGGAUAGAAAACCAAGUCAAUGGUGAUUUGCCUGAAAAGGAUCAGAGCGCUUUUAAUACUCUUUUGUCGAUUAUUUUAAAGGUUAUCAUUAUACACAAGCCGUCCCUUUGUACCUUCAUCGCCAAGAACAUAAACGACGAGCUUGCAGAAAACCUUGUGAGAACGUUGAUUCAGAUAUUGGACUCAAAGUAUAUGAAGAGCCAAAAUCAGAAGUUGAGAGUACUUUUCCACGAUCUUUUGUUAUUGAUGAAAACCUCAGUAAAUGAAGAAGUGACGACGUCGACUGAACAAAGUUUGCACCAGCAACAUAAUUUGGACGAAAGCCCACAAAAAGAGCCAAUAAUUAUGGAGCUGUUAGCUACUGCAUCUCAGGUGCAACGGUUGUUUGCCAUUCCCGAACUCGAUGAAGAAAACCCAUUCAAGGAUACUUUCAACGACGACUCAAUUAAAUGUGCAAUAAUGCUUGACAAGAAAGAGUUGAUCCAUGGCGGAGAUGCGAACCAUAUUAACGACAGUAAUCUCAAGUUACAGAUUCCCAAGACGGAUUCGUUGAAUAUACCUGCGUUUGUGGGUAACAUGUUAAGUAACGAGAAGAAUGAGGAUCACGAGGACAGCCAAUCGAGAACGUAUGUUCGUCCGUUCAUAUUAAGAAGCUACGAAUUGCUUGAAGAUACUAGCUAUUCUUUGAAUGAUGGUUGUAUCAACUUGCUGUUAUUUAACUCGUAUGUUUCAAAAGAAAACCCACCAUAG